CAGGGAGCUAAAGGAAGUAUGACUCGAGGGAAAGAUGAUUAUCUGAGCUGCUGAGAGCUGGGCAGCAGCAAAAGAAAGGAUAUGUUGAAGGGUUAUUGUUAAGUGUGUUGUGGCACUACUUUUUUUUUGUGUGUAACUUUCCUUUGACAGGGUGCAUACAUUGAAAAUGGUCCCCAGUCUUCUAUGGCCAUUGCGUUAGAUCCAUGACUAAUGAGAAGCAGAUUGAUGGUCUGGAUGGAGAGCUCAAAGUCAGCAUCUAAGCUUCUCUAAUGGUGGAAGAGCCGUAUUCUUCGUAGUGAUAUUGUUCUCCACAAUCUGAAGUGGACAUGCCAUCUCAUCUGGACACCAUGAACACAUCAAUGGAAGCACCCUCCAACGACACCCCAAUCUGCUACUCCAUUAACAAUCCUCCAUUUAAGAUUGUCCCCACCAUCGCCUCAGCUUACUUCUCUUCCAUCUUCAGUGUGUUGGGUAUCACCUCCAAUCUCGUCGCCUUUGUGGUUCUCGUCAAAUCAUUCCAACGGACUCGCAGCAGCUCGCGUUCUUCCUUUCUCAUUUUCCUGGGUGGCCUGGUGGUCACUGACUUCAUGGGUCUGGUGGUUACAGGCAGCAUUGUGGUCUCCUUUCAUGUGACACACUUCAACUGGCGUAAUUUAGAUCCACACUGCCAUUUCUGUAACUUCAUGGGCAUGUCAAUGGUCUUCUAUGGACUGUGCCCACUGCUGCUUGGUGCUGCUAUGGCUUUGGAGCGCUUCAUUGGCAUCACCCGUCCAUUUGCACGUACCACCACCAUGCCCAAGAAGCGAACAGUCUUCAUUUUGCUGCUGGUGUGGUUCAUUGCCAGCUGCAUAGCGUCGCUGCCUCUGACCGGAGUCGGGAGCUACCACAUGCAGAUACCUGGCUCUUGGUGUUUUUUCAACAUUAGUUCAGAGGGCAGUGACCUGACCUUUUCUGUGCUCUUCUCCAUGGUCGGGUUGACAUGUAUUGCGGUGUCCUUUGUGUUGAACACCGUGAGUGUUGUGACGCUCAUCAAGGUGUGCUGCGGACAAGAUAAGAUGCAACGUCCCCGAGACCAGGAAGUGGAAAUGAUGGUGCAGCUUAUCCUGAUCAUGGCCAUCGCUUCCAUCUGCUGGUGCCCGAUGCUGAUUUAUAUUCUGGUGAAUUCUUCGACUGGGGAAGCCGUAAAAGGUCUUUAUUGCACAAACUGUGCUGAGUGGACGUCCUCUCCAGGUCACAUAUCUUCUGCUGUGGCUGCGCUUUGCAUCCUGGAACCAGAUCUUAGACCCAUGGGUGUAUAUCCUGUUUCGCAGGGCGGUAUUACAGAGAGUCUACCCCCACAUGGACUGGUCCCGAUGGUCCACCUUAAACCAAUCUUUCAGGAGCACCAUUAACAGAUUAACACAUUCUUCUUCACUUGGACGGCCUCUCAGCUCAGAUGAAAUGGGACAGAAUGAAAAAUUAAAUGAAACACCCCUUACACUAGAAAGCCACUACUUGGAUGGUUGAUCUCUGGUUCAGCGAACAGAAGAAGCUUGGUUAUAGUAAUGAUCUGCUUUGCAGUCAGUGCUGACUUGCUGUCUUGAGUGACACCCUGUGGAAGAUCCCGUCUUGACUCUUACCCCAACACAUACACCAUAAUGAAAAACAUGCUGGAGUGGACCAUAAAUUGAAUUGUAAUCAAUAAGAAGACAGCAACAGCGACGAAUCAUUACAAUUAUGGGACUGUGGUACUUUAUCAAAAUAACAUUUGCUUUGUCUCGCAUUGUGUUUGCUUUGUUUGAUAGACAAAUAAUUUCAAAAUGCAAAAUCUCCUAACUCUGUCAUGUAAUUUACAUUUCCCAUCAUUCCCCAACUCUAUCUGUUCUGCAUAUGAUGACUCCACAGUACACAUAUGCAGUAAUCGCAUUCCCAUCAAUAAUAAUAAUGAUAAAGCAUGUAUGCAUUUUUAAGUGGAAAAAUAAUAGGGUUCCAUAAGGAACAACAAAGAUCACUGGCAAUACAAUAUAAAGACAAUAUACUGCAAAACAUUACAAUUUAUGACAUAGAUCUUAUUUUUCCCAUCACAUUAUUUGCAACUAGAACAGAACAGAACAGAACAGAAAAAAUAAAAACAAACAGUCAACACUAAGGAAAUUACUCUACAACAUUAUAGCAUAAAUAUUGUGAGAUAGAUGACCCCGAUGCCAAAUCGUCACUCAAUCUCUUGAUUAAAAACUUUAUGCAAUAAUCUACUGUGAUUAUUUUAAACACAGGCACACUUGAGAGAUACAUGCGCACAUUCACAUUUUCAUACUUGAGAAUGAUCAAGUUUCUAUUUUCAAAUGCAUGUAAGCUAUGCAUGAUUGUCUGUCAUAUAUGCAUUAGUUGGAAAAAAUGUAAAAGUUGUGCUACAAAAGAAACCACUGCAAUUUGUAUUUAAAUGAGUAAUACAAAGAAAUGUUUGUGGAAAAUA